AUGGCUAGAAACGUGAUGAGAAUGCCCAAGCUCGUGAUCACAAAAUUUGACGGGACGCCACAAGAUUGGCUGCGUUUUUGGGGACAGUUCCAAAGUCAAAUUGAUGAUUCCAGUGCCCCUGAAGUCACAAAGUUCUCUUAUUUGAAAAAAUUAGUGAAUAUGAAGGUGCGAAAUCUCAUCGACAGUCUUCCGUUUACGCCUGAAGGUUACCAAAAGGCUAAAAAUUUACUCACAAGAAGAUGUGGGAAAGCGAGCGAAGUCGUGGGAACUUACGUUAGAAAUACUUUAGAGCUACCCACCAUGCGCGAGAGAAACGUAAAGAAGAUACAUGAAUUUUACGAAGUAGUACUGUUGAAUGUAGAGUCAUUCCGAACAUUGAAGAGCUUAUCCAAAGUGGACGCCGCAGUUCGAUUUACCUUCGACAAACUUGACGUGAUAAAGAACGAACUUGCUAUGAUAGAUGAAAAUUGGUGUGAAUGGACUUUUAUAGAAUUCUUAGAGGCGUUGGAAAAAUGGACGAUUAAUAAUCCCAUUUCAAAUGAACCGAAAUCAAAGAGUUCAAAUUUUCGUCGAGAUCAGUCCAGAGCAUUUCUUGCCAAACAACAAGAAACCGGAGACCAGUCGAGGGCGAGCCCACGGGGGCGUGUCUUUAUUGUUGUAGCGAACAACUUAAAGCAAUUAACUGUGAUAACGUUCAAAGCAUUAAAGAAACGAAGAAAGGAAGAAAAUACUUGCCGAUAA